UUUCGAUGACGUGCGCGCGAAGUGGACGUGAACCGAGAUUAGAUUUACUGCUAAGCAACUGAGGGAAAUAAAAAGUAUAAAAAUGCGGGUCACUGCACCCUGUAGGAUUCUGGUGUAUUUAGCCAUGAUGGCAACAUUGGCAGUUGAGGCCCACAUUCGCAUCGAAACACAGGAGGUUCAUUUGAUUUCAAACUACACCCCCGCAUUCGUUCGCUCCGCAGUGGAAAGCAUACCAUUGGACGACGGUCAUCUAAUUCGUUUUAGUGCGCCAUCCGAUUUUGGCGACACAUUUCUACCUUUGCGCAGUGCCGUAGAGAGUGUUCCUACGCUUAAUCAGAGAAAUGUGGCAAAGCUGAGGGAGUCUUCCGGCAUACGUACUUUCGUGCGCGAUUCCGUAGAGUCAACGCCUAGUGACAAAGAAAAUAUUGAGAACAUGGAGUUCUUCACCAACUUUGAAGAUUAUGUCAAGAUAAGCAAUUUAGAUGCAGAACUGAAGCCUAAUAAGUUAAAAGUGUUAGAAAAGCAAGAUGCUUUAAUCGUUUCCGACAAAUACGCCGCUUUUAUGGCUCCAGGAAAGUCAGAUGACACCUAUCCAAAGCCAUACCGAGCCGGAUCCCCGCAUCAGGAAUUACUUAAAGAGGUGAAUGUCGGACAGCUGGAGCAAAUCGAUGAACUUGAUCGGUACGUAAAUCAGCUGCCAUACGGCGCACUGGGAAAGGAAGGUCUCAAAAUUCCGCAGUCCGCCUAUGGGGCACUGGCGGAGAUAAAGAGAAAGGACUUCAACAUGGCUACAAAAGUACUUUGUUAUAUGUCAAACUGGGCAUUCUACCGAAAAGGUGAUUUCGUUCCUGAGAAGAUAGACACCAAGCUCUGUUCCGUCAUUAUCUAUUCGUUCGCCUCCCUGGACCCCGACCAGCUGACCAUUCGAGAGUUCGAUCCAUGGGUUGACUUGGAUAACCAAUUUUAUCGCCGAGCGACUUCGUUGGGAGUCCCCGUACUUAUCGCUUUGGGUGGAUGGACGGAUUCUAGCGGCUCCAAGUACUCCCGCCUGGCCAGUGACGAUAUCAAACGACGGGUCUUUGCAUCUAGCGCUGCAAGUUUCCUGCAACGUCACGGGUUCAGCGGACUGCACCUAGACUGGAACUACCCGAAGUGCUGGCAAAGCGACUGCUCAAAGGGACCUGUGAGCGACAGGCCAAACCUGACCAAGCUUCUUCGUGAGCUGCGUACGGAAUUCCAGCGUGUUAAUCCUAAUUUUCAGCUGGGAGUUGCCAUCUCGGGUUAUAAGGAAAUUAUAACAGAAGCAUACGAGUUUCCCGCUUUGUCAGAUAUAGUGGACUACUUGACAGUAAUGACCUACGACUACCAUGGCGCCUGGGAGCGCCAGACUGGUCAUGUAAGUCCGCUUUACGGGUCUUCAUCCGACAAAUAUCCGCAGUACAACACUGACUAUACCAUGAAACUGCUUUUAAAAAUGGGCGCACAGAGAGAAAAACUUGUAUUAAGCAUACCAUUCUAUGGCCAGAGUUUUACUUUAGAAAGAAGUAGUCUUAAGCUGGCGGGAGAAGGUGUUCCAGCCACAGGACCUGGAGAAUCUGGCGAAAUGACAAGACAGCCGGGAAUGCUGGCUUUCUAUGAGAUCUGCCACCGCAUUAGAGAGUCUAAGUGGAUGAGUGGUCGGGAUGCAAACCGGAAAUCUGGUCCUUAUGCAAUGCUGAAGGACCAGUGGGUGGGUUACGAAGAUCAGACCAGUGUCGCAGCAAAGGCCCAAUACGCGUCCAAUAACAACUUUGCCGGAGUGGCAGCGUGGACUGUCGACCUUGACGACUUUCAAAACCGUUGUUGCACCGAGACUUACCCGCUCCUGAAGGCUAUUAACCGGGCAUUGGGUCGCUUAAACUCGGAACCGCCUAUUCAAAUGAACUGUGAGCGUCCACCGUCAGUAGUUACUCCCAUGCCUCCCCAUAUGACAACAAUCAGUAGCGAUGGCUCUGCAGGAUCGGUACCAAAUCACGAACACACAACAUCCGGGCAGAACUUGGAUUCAAGCAGUAGCCCACCGCUUAACACUACGAAAAAGCCAAAGCCUAGUUAUAGCAGCACUGCCAUCAGCACCAUAUCCUGGUGGAGCUCGACUACAAGACGUCCGAGCAAGCCGACUAAAUCAACCUCCAGACCGUCCCACACUACGAUCCCGGUGCCAGCAGUGAUUUACCCGUUGGUAAAGCCCUUUAACUGCGUGAGCGGCGAAUUCUACGCUGACUUAAAGAAUUGCAAUGCUUACUACCACUGUAUUAUUGCCGGGGAGUUGCGUCAGCAAUUCUGUCCUGGCGGUCUUCACUGGAACAACAAGGUAAAGGGCUGUGACUGGCCGUCAUCCGCUCAGUGCUUAGAAAGCCGCGGUCAGGAGUCGAGCACUGCUAGCCCAAAACCAGCUCCAGCUUCUAAAAAGCCAAAAAAAAAAACAACAACUUCAAGACCCAGUAGGAAACCGACAAAGCCGGCCGCGCACCAUCAGCUCGGCAGCACUUCAUCGCGCCCACCCUUAUCGGCCAGUUGCAACGAGGGGGAGUACUACACUCACAGGAACUGUGGGAUAUACUACAUCUGCGUUAAUGGAGCCCUGAUACCCAAUGAAUGUGGCGGAAAUUUGCACUGGGACGCAAUCCGUAAGAUCUGCGACUGGCCAGAGAACGUGCAGUGCGUGACAAGCCAGAAAUACUUGAAAAUCAUUCAGGAAAGUCGCGCAAACGAGGAGGAUCCUUGCAAGGGCGAAGAGCGAGUACCCUAUCCGACAAACUGUUCCAAAUAUCUAUUUUGCUUAUGGAACCGCCUUCAGGCGGGUGACUGUCCGCCGGGGCUGCACUACAGCCAAGCGAUCGGAAACUGCGACUGGCCAGAAGCAGCCAAGUGCAAUCAGAAUGCUGGUAAUAGCAGCGGAGGAUCAGAAUCAAGUGCUACUCCAAAACCUCCGCCACUACCCAAGCCUGCACCUACUACCCAAAGGCCCAGCAACAUCCCGCGACCAACCUACGCUACAGAUAGGCCAGAGCUCAAGCCCCUUGACGGCUACUACAAAGUCGUGUGCUACUUCACCAACUGGGCCUGGUAUCGCAAGGGCCUCGGUCGGUAUACUCCCGACGACAUUAACACGGAUCUUUGCACUCACGUGGUUUAUGGCUUCGCGGUGCUGGACUACUCCGAACUGAUCCUACGCACACAUGAUUCCUGGGCCGACAUUGACAACAACUUUUACACGAGGGUAAGCAGCCUUAAAAGAAAGGGUAUCAAGGUUAGCUUGGCGCUGGGCGGCUGGAACGAUUCGCAAGGAGAUAAGUAUAGUCGCUUAGUAAGAAAUCCCUCAGCCCGGGCACGUUUUGUUCGUCACGCCCUGGAAUUCAUUGAGAAAUACGGCUUUGAGGGCCUUGACCUAGACUGGGAAUAUCCAGUGUGCUGGCAAACGGAAUGCAAUAAGGGAUUCGCCGAGGAGAAGGAGGGUUUCACUGCCUGGGUUCGGGAGCUUUCCGAGGCGUUCCGACCUCGUGGACUCUUGUUGUCAACUGCAGUCUCGCCAAGCAAGAAAAUUGUUGAUGCAGGAUACGACGUACCCCAGCUAUCUAGCUUAUUUGAUUGGAUCGCUGUGAUGACGUACGACUUCCAUGGGCAAUGGGACAAAAAAACUGGUCAUGUGGCACCUCUGUACUAUCAUCCCGACGAUGACUUUGAGUAUUUUAACGCAAAUUUCUCACUAAAUUAUUGGAUCGAAAAGGGAGCCCCUUCACGAAAAAUCGUUAUGGGCAUGCCGCUAUACGGACAAUCCUUUACUCUAGAAAAUGCAAGCAACAAUGGCUUACAUGCCAAGGCUCCUGGGCCCGGCCAAGCUGGAGAAUUCACUAGAGCCGCCGGAUUUCUGGCUUAUUAUGAGAUUUGUGACCGGGUUAACCACCAGGGAUGGGAAGUAGUCCAGGAUGAACUUGGCCGCAUGGGUCCGUACGCUCGCAAAGGAACACAGUGGGUAUCCUACGACGAUCCAGCCAUGAUUCGGAAAAAGGCCCAAUUGGUGAGAUCAUUGGACCUAGGCGGAGGCAUGGUUUGGGCGCUCGACCUCGAUGACUUUCGCAAUCGGUGUGGAAAGGGCGUGUAUCCCUUGCUACAGGAGAUACACGCUGUGCUUAAGGAUCCACCAAGUUUUUUCCAACCCACGCCUGAUCCAGAGUCUGUGGCGGAGCAAUCUAUUUCGGGAGAAGCUGGAACCUCUUCUGCUGAAAGUGAAUCCGAUGGAAAACCGGAAGAAACAGCCGAAGAAACAGAUGGCGUGCAUGAAGCUCUUUCAAUGCAGCCUCUUGAUGCGGAGACAGAGGCCAGUAUUGGGGGAGAAUCCACGGAAACUUUACAAGAAAACGAAGUGGACCUGAAUGUGGAGGAAUACAUUGAAAUGGAAUCCAACAACCCGAUCCCUGGGCCUAGUGUGUCCAUGAAAUUUAAGGUCAUCUGCUACUUUACAAACUGGGCGUGGUACCGCCAAGGCGGUGGAAAGUUCCUGCCAGAACAUAUUGACGCAGAUCUCUGUACUCACAUAGUGUACGGCUUCGCUGUACUGAACCGGGAAAACCUGACAAUACAGCCUCAUGACUCCUGGGCGGAUCUAGACAACAAAUUCUAUGAACGAGUUGUGGCCUACCGCCAGAGGGGCACUAAAGUAACUGUAGCCAUUGGCGGUUGGAACGACUCGGCUGGCGAUAAAUAUGCCCGACUGGUAAGAAACGCAAAGGCACGAGGACGUUUCAUCCGCCACGUGCUGGACUUCAUCGAGCGGUAUAAUUUUGACGGCCUGGACCUAGACUGGGAGUACCCGGUGUGCUGGCAGGUGGACUGUAAAAAAGGUACGCUCGACGAAAAGAAAGGAUUCACCGACCUGGUGCGGGAGCUGUCGCAGUCCUUUCGGCCGAGGGGCUUAAUACUCUCGGCUGCAGUGUCCCCCAACAAAAAGGUAAUUGAUGCCGGAUACGAUAUUCCCGAGCUAUCCCGCUAUUUUGACUGGAUCUCAGUGAUGGCCUACGACUACCACGGGCAGUGGGACAAGCAAACUGGUCACGUAGCGCCCAUGUACGACCACCCCGAAGGAACAGAUUACUUUAACGCAAAUUUUUCCAUAAACUACUGGAUAUCAAAGGGAGCUGACCGUCGAAAGUUGAUAAUGGGAUUGCCCAUGUAUGGUCAGUCUUUCUCGCUGUCUAAGAUCAGUGAGCAUCAGCUAAACGCGCCCACCAACGGUGGCGGUGAGGCGGGUGAGGCCACAAGGGCAAGAGGGUUUUUAGCGUACUAUGAAAUCUGCUUUUAUAUCCGCCAGCGCAGAUGGAACGUAGUAAGGGAUGCCAGGGGUCGGAUGGGACCAUUCGCUUAUAUGGGAGAUCAGUGGGUCUCCUUUGACGAUGCACCCAUGAUUCGACAUAAAAGUGAGUACAUCAAGGCGAUGGGUCUUGGCGGAGCUAUGAUCUGGGCUCUGGAUCUGGACGACUUUAAAAAUAACUGUGGAUGUGAGACUUAUCCCUUGCUCAAGACAAUAAAUCGUGUUCUGAGAAAUUUCGGGGGUCCACAUCCAAAGUGCUUACUUGAAAAAAGUGAGAACACAAUGAUUGCAAGUUUAAAACCGUCAGUCAUGCCCACUAUCAACGCGCACCAAACCCCUGCUCCAACUGCACAGAAGGAAUCUUUAAAAAACUCUAGCCAGACUGACAUAACCUUCAAAUGUGACGGAAAAAACUACUUGCCCCACGAACGUGACUGCAAUAAGUAUUAUAUCUGCGAGCAUGGAAUGCAGAUUGAGAAACGCUGUCCUGCGGGUCUUAAGUGGAAUGAGAACUACUGCGACUGGCCGAACAAUGUGAAGUGCUCUGAGCGAUCACAACAGACCACCCAAUCACCAGCAAUCCAUCGCCCCAAGCCCACGUCACCAGCAACGGACAAGCCUUUAAUCGUACCUAACAAGAAUUCCAUCCCACGUCCAAUACCGACAACAGAUGCUCAGUCAGGCAGUAGCGAGGCAUACAAAGUUAUCUGCUACUUCACCAACUGGGCCUGGUAUCGACCGGGCCAGGGCAAGUAUGUGCCUGAGGACAUAGACGACAACCUGUGUACGCACAUUGUCUACGGCUUUGCGGUUCUCGAUAGCCACUCGCUAACAAUCAAAGCGCACGACAUCUGGGCGGACAUUGAUAACAGAUUUUACGAUCGCGUGGUGCAGUACAAGCAGAAGGGUCUUCGCGUAUCGGUGGCUAUCGGUGGAUGGAACGACUCGCUAGGCAACAAGUACGCGCGCCUGGUACUUGAUUCACAAGCUCGGGCGCGUUUUGUAGAAAGCGCGCUGAAAUUUGUAGAGAAAUACGGCUUUGACGGUCUAGACUUGGACUGGGAGUACCCGGUAUGCUGGCAGGUUGAAUGCUCCAAGGGGACUCCCGCCGAAAAGCAGGGAUUUGCUGCUUUGGUUAAGGAACUGUUCCAAGCCUUUAAUCCUAAGGGCCUGAUCCUUUCAGCAGCGGUGUCGCCCAGUAAAAUGGUAAUCGACGCAGGAUACGAUGUGCCCGAACUAUCGCGGUACCUUGACUGGAUUGCCGUGAUGACGUACGACUUCCAUGGUCACUGGGAUAAACAGACGGGUCAUGUGGCUCCGCUGUACCAAGUAGAGGGUGACGCCAAUCCACACUUCAACGCAAACUUUAGCAUUCACUACUGGCUAGACCUGGGCACUCCCGCAAGCAAGCUGGUUAUGGGAAUGCCAAUGUACGGCCAGUCUUUUUCCCUGGCUGACCAAAAGCACCGGUCGCUAAACGACAAGUGCGUAGGCCCGGGGUUGGCAGGCACAUACACUCGCGCAGGUGGAUUUUUAGCAUACUAUGAGAUCUGCGAAAAGGUCGGAAACGGCGGCUGGACAGUAGUAAGGGACGAACCAGGUCGUGUUGGACCCUACGCUUACAGUGGCAACCAAUGGAUAUCAUACGACGAUGUGUCAGACAUUCGGCGAAAGGCGCAAUUUAUUAGGAGAUUGCGUCUGGGUGGCGGCAUGGUCUGGGCUCUUGACUUAGACGACUUCCGCGGCCGAUGCGGCUGUGGUAAGCACCCAUUGCUACGGACCAUUAAUCAGGAGCUGCGAGGAAUUCCUGGACAGCGCACCGACGAUUGCACCUAAUAAUUUUCACUUUCAGUAUAUUGUGAACGCUUUUCAUAUAUAUUUUGUAUAAGAAAAAAGUCUUUAUAACCAAUUAAAUUUAUUAAUUUAUUAUUUAAACUAAAAUUAGUUCACCGGUGUGUUUUUUGUUCGCACAUUUUUAAAAGCAAGCAACGCAUGCUAUUUUUGUACAA